AUGCUGAUAUUUAUGGACUAGACGUUAUUAUAACAGAAAUGUCAUCUGGGCAGAGACCAUUUGAUGGUCGUCUAUUUGAUCUUAAACUUUCAAUUAAUAUUUGCAAGGAUUAUGACCAGAAUUUGGUGAUGGAACUCCAAAAUGUUACAUUAGUUAAAGAAAAACUUAAAAUUUGUAAUAUUGAACAAUUUUUUGAAAUUGUUGACAAGUUACUGGCAGACAACACUGUGGCUAUUCAUGUAACAUCAGUUCCCAUCGCUUACUCGAGGAUUAUUGCUAAAAAAUAUGCAAGUUUGCCAAGCAAUAUUUUAUUCACAAAUAUUCGAGAAUUGGAUGAUGUUAUCGAAGAAUAUUUUCUAAUGAAGCAGGACUCGGUUAGGAUGACAUGCGUACAAUAA